UUCCUCGGUGGUGGCCCUGGGCGCCAGCAUCAUCUGCAACAAGAUCCCGGGCCUGGCCCCCCGGCAGCGGGCGAUCUGCCAGAGCCGGCCCGACGCCAUCAUCGUCAUCGGGGAAGGGUCCCAGAUGGGCAUCAACGAGUGCCAGUUCCAGUUCCGCAACGGGCGCUGGAACUGCUCGGCCCUGGGGGAGAGAACUGUCUUCGGGAAGGAGCUCAAAGUGGGUAGCAGGGAGGCCGCGUUCACCUACGCCAUCAUCGCGGCCGGCGUCGCCCACGCCAUCACGGCCGCCUGCACGCAGGGCAACCUGAGCGACUGCGGCUGCGACAAGGAGAAGCAGGGGCAGUACCACAAGGAGGAAGGGUGGAAGUGGGGAGGCUGCUCGGCUGACAUCAGAUACGGGAUCGGAUUCGCCAAAGUGUUCGUGGACGCGCGGGAGAUCAAGCAGAACGCACGGACGCUCAUGAACCUGCACAACAACGAGGCCGGGAGGAAGAUUCUGGAAGAAAACAUGAAGUUAGAGUGCAAGUGCCACGGGGUGUCGGGAUCCUGUACCACUAAAACAUGCUGGACAACCCUGCCUAAAUUCAGGGAGCUGGGCUACAUCCUCAAGGACAAGUACAACGAGGCGGUGCAGGUGGAGCCGGUGCGGGCGAGUCGCAACAAGCGCCCAACCUUCCUCAAAAUAAAGAAGCCCCUUUCCUACCGCAAACCCAUGGAUACAGACCUGGUGUACAUAGAGAAAUCUCCCAAUUAUUGUGAAGAAGACCCUGUCACAGGCAGCGUGGGGACCCAGGGGAGGAUGUGCAACAAGACAGCCCAGCAGUCCAACGGCUGCGACCUGAUGUGCUGCGGCCGCGGCUACAACACGCACCAGUACUCGCGGGUCUGGCAGUGCAACUGCAAGUUCCACUGGUGCUGCUACGUGAAAUGCAACACGUGCAGCGAGAGAACAGAGGUUUACACCUGUAAGUGACACCUCCCUGCCCACCAACACAUUUGCACAUGCACUCAACAUGCCUACAAGCUGUAGGGAAGACCUGCUCUCCCAGAGGACGCGCUGACGAGCGGAG